GGUCAUAGCCCAGGGUGUUUUAAAAGCUCUCUUUCUUUUGAAUUUUUUUUUGUGCAUUUUUCUCUUUAUUCACCAAAUAAAUACUAUUUUUCAUUUCACUACUUUAAUAACCAAAAACAAACAGGAAAAAAAUCAGCUAUGACGCAGACAAAAGGACAGCAGCACACAUCCGACCUGCCACCGGCAUACUCGACCACAGACCCCAGCGUGUAUUCCGACGGCGCUGCUCCCCCUACUGCCACCUAUCCUUCGCAGAGCGACCUAAAAAUCGACCAAAUCGGACCCAAACAACUCCGUGCAACCCAAGGAUUCCCCCUAGACCGUCCGCUAUUUAUCCAUACGACAAAUAUUUCCGGCAGCACGCUCCUCGUGCAACCAGACACUAACAUCAAUAACCACAAUGUGGUUAUUGUCAGCGUCGAGGUGGCCUCCCAGGCGGGAGGUAUCCGGGAUAAAUGCGAUGUUCUUGUGCAUAUGAAUGCACAUGGUGAAUAUGAGUUCCAUGUGCGGUCAAGGUACGCUUUUUGGAGUAUGGCGCUUGUCCAGUGUCGGUUUACUGUGAGCAUGCCCUUUGGUGCCGGCGGCAUGCAUCCGGGGGUUAGGACUGAGCUGACAAAUGGCUGCAUUGAUAUCGUGCGGCUGGGUAAUAUGCGGUUCGGGUACGUAAAUUUAACCACGACAAAUAAGCCCGUGACUUUAACGGACGUGCGCAGCAGACUUGUCCAAGUCAUAUCAACCAAUUCCUGCGUACAGGCUACGGGUGUAAUAUCCGAAGCCGAGAUUUCCCUGAGAACCACGAAUGCCAACAUAGCCCUGGUGAACUCUCAGGCGCCACAGAUCACCGUGUCUUCGACUAACCGCACUGUCACUCUGCAGAGCGUAUCUGGACAGGCUGUGCAUGCGCAGACUAGCAACUCAAGGGUUGUCUGCGAUAACGUCACUGCCGGUGGUGAGAUGCAUCUUGUAACUACUAACUCUACAGUGUCGACAAAUGUUGUUGUGGCAGAUUCCCUGCGAAUCAUGACGAGUAACUCUGGGGUGGAGGGGUCGUGGCGGGUUGGGAGCUAUUUGGGUGUUCGCACGACGAAUGGGAGUAUUACCGCGGAUGUCUUGUUUAAUAGUGAUGCGGGGAGUACCCGUGCAGUUGUUGAGCUUUGUUCUUCGAAUGCUCCAAUUAGGGCAAAACUGCCGGCGGGAUUGUUUCGUGGCUCGUUUGAUGUCAAGACGUUGAAUGCUAAUGCUGCUGUGGUGUGGAAAGGAGGCAGUGACAGUGGCAGUGGCGGCCAGACAGUGGGUGGUAUGCCGUUGAACUUUAGCGUGGAUGAUAAGUGCCAUAAGCAUGGGACUGUUGCUGCUGCUGAUGCUGUUGGAUUGGGGCAUAUGCAACAUGAUUUUUCGGCAAAGACAUCUAAUGCCCUGGUCGAGCUUUUGUUUAUGUGAGACACAAACUUAGGCUUUACAAUAUUGGCUGAUUUGAUUAUUUUAAUUUAUUUAAUAUGCACGUGGUUUUUUUAUCAGUAAA